AUGGAUACCAAACCGACUAUUCAACUCAAUGCUGAACUCUUUGAAUAUGAAAGAGAAUUGCAUCCAGCUCAUUGGAGUACUAUGCGUCAAGGUGCGAUGUUUGGAGUUUUUAUUGGAUGUCUAUACCUCAUAGACUACAUAGCUUAUGCAGUUGGUUUUAUCUGCGGUUCCCAACUGAAAACAAGCAAAGAUCAUCAUGAUCUGUACAUAGGUGAUAUUAUUGUCGUUGUUUCCAGCUGCACAACAUGUUUGGCUUUCCUCAGUUUGUUUGGUCCUUUUUUGCAAUCAUUUUCAGAAGCUCGAGGUGCAGCAUUAUCAGUGUUUCGACUGAUCGACAAAGAGAAAGAUCCAAACGCUAAUGAAAUAAAUGUUUUGAAAGAGGAUACAGAAUCAAUUUAUGAUAUCAAUGGUGAUAUUGAAUUUAACAAUGUCAACUUUACUUAUCCAUCUCGAAAAGAAGCAUCAGUUCUGCGUAAUCUCUCUCUUAUUGCUCGUGCCGAUCAGAUAACUGCUCUCGUAGGCUCAAGUGGCUGUGGAAAAAGUACAUGUAUGUCACUUUUACUUCGUUAUUAUGAACCCUCAUCGGGUCGAAUCUCGAUCGAUGGUCGAUCACUAACAGACUACAAUGUCAGACAACUUCGACAAAACAUUGGUGUUGUUAGUCAAGAACCUAUUCUGUUUGGUACGAGUAUUUAUGAAAAUAUUCGUUUGGGUAAAAUAAAUGCAACAGGCGCAGAAAUUGAGCAAGCAGCACGACAAGCAAAUGCUCAUAAUUUCAUCAUGCAAUUACCAAACAAAUAUGAAACGUUUGUUGGUGAAGGUGGUAUACAAUUAAGUGGUGGUGAAAAACAACGUAUUGCAUUGGCUCGUGCUCUUGUCAAACAACCUACCUUCCUUUUACUUGAUGAAGCCACAAGUGCUCUUGAUAAUGUUAGCGAAAAAAUUGUUCAAGAAGCGCUCGAUCGUGCAUGCAAAGGUCGAACAACUAUUGUUAUUGCUCAUCGUUUGACUACAAUUAAAAAUGCUCAUCAAAUAUAUGUAUUAGAUAAUGGAACUGUGCUUGAGCAAGGCACACAUGAAACAUUGAUGACAAAAGAAGGAGGCAAAUAUCAAUCAAUGAUCAAACGUCAACAAAUGGAAAGAAUCGAUGAUGAUAAAGAUGAUAUGAUGAGCACGCAAAAAGCAAUAGAAGAAGAUGAAAAGUCAAUAACAGGAUCAAGAUUAACGCAACGUAUUCGUUUAAAAGCCUUUGCAUGUCUUCUUCGUCAAGAAGUUGCUUAUUUUGAUCGACCAGAAAAUAGUUCUGGUGCAAUUUGUACUCGUCUUUCUUCUGAUGCAUCAGCUAUUCAAGAGAUGACUGGUACACGAUUAGGAAUCAUCUGUGAAGCUCUCGCGUUUUAUAUCGCUGCAACAGUCUCGGCUGCUGAAACAUUUUUUGAUCUAUUUGAUCGAAUACCAUCUAUCGAUAAUACAUCUACUGAAGGACAAGAACUAGUUGAUUUUCAUGGAGAUAUAACAUUUAAUCAAGUCAAAUUUAUCUAUCCAACUCGACCAACAUCUAUUAUUCUUAACAAGUUUCAAGUGAAUAUCAAGCCAAGGACAUCCGGAUGUGGAAAAUCAACAAUUAUUCAACUAUUGGAACGAUUUUAUGAUGUUUCAAAUGGUCAACUACUUCUCGAUGGUAUUGAUAUUCGACAACUAAAUCUUCAUUGGGUACGUUCUCAUGUCGGUCUGGUCAAUCAAGAACCAAUUUUGUUCGAUUUAACAAUCGCUGAAAAUAUAGCAUACGGCUUAGAAAAUGUUUCAAUGGAGAAAAUUAUUAAUGCAGCACGUAGUGCUAAUAUUCAUCAAUUUAUUGAACAAUUGCCCCAGGGUUAUGAAACAAAAGUAGGGUUAAAAGGUAGUUUUCUGUCAGGUGGUGAGAAACAACGUAUUGCUAUUGCUCGAGUUCUUCUUCGUCGACCUAAAGUAUUACUCUUGGAUGAAGCUACAAGUGCUAUGGAUUCACACAAUGAACAAAUUGUACAAGAAGCUCUUGAACAAGCUCAAACAGAAGAUCCUACUCGAACAUCACUUAUAAUUGCUCAUCGUCUUUCAACUAUUCGUGCAUGUGAUUUAAUUUGUGUACUUGAUAGAGGAAAUAUAGUAGAGAGUGGUACUCAUGCUGAACUGACACAACGACAUGGACUUUAUUAUAGAAUGCUUGAUCAAAACAAUUUAUUAUGA